CGGUUAUCGCCCGCCACGGGAUGAGAUGCGAAUUACAUCACCCACCCCGCUGCACGCCUCCCACCUCGACAGCAUCGAGAUGCCCAUCGCCCCAAGGGCCACAAACCACCAGCCUUUUGUUCUUUCGCCAGGCUCGGGCAUCUAGAACAUUCAGCUGUAGUGUAGGGCCAUCUCUGUGGCAUGCAACCCGAUCGGGCCUUACCAGGGGCUCGCCAAGCGUGUGGGAACAGGGAGCGGGCCGGUUCAUGGUGGCAGAUGGAAACCAGUAUGACGAGAUUUCUCCCAGAUCAAAUCCAGAUCUCUUGAUGUUGGGCUAUCGUCGAGCUGUCCUUAUCACCGUAGGAGACGUCACUCUGCUCCAUUGCAACGGAGUUCGAACGUACAAGCACUCUUGUGGUGCUUGCCAUCUCCCAUACCAAUUUCGGAUCCGAUCCAUUCUGAGGAGUAUGAGCAUAGUCUGGUCACUGACAUGAUUUAAGCUUGCCCCUGUGGGGGGUCCUCAGGAUGAACACUGUGAAAGGCCCUGUCGUCGCCUCCAGGAAGCGGGAAGACGACGAACUUGUCCAAGGUAGAGAAAUCUCUGGACCGUUGGC